AUGCGUUCAUCAUUUCUAGAAUUAUCUAAUUUGGAUGUAGAUGAUAAACGUACAAUUGUAUCUUCUGUUAAUUCUAUAAAGGACAAUAUAACUGUGUCUAUGCCAGUUAAUAGUGGAAUAAAUUUCAAAGGUGUUUUACCUUUUAACGGAUCUAAAUAUGUUGAGUUCUCGUCUGUGGGUCUUUGUAGCGUUGACUGUGAUAGAGGAUGGAUUCGGGAUAGUUAUAAACAGGCAAUUAUAAUUUUAUUAUUUUUUAUGGAAAAAAUUUUUUUAUAUAGCGCUUCAACCAGAUUACUGAUCUCUUACCCAAAGAAAAGCGUUUUUUUGUUUACUGGAAUGAAUUUAUUGGAAAACCGAUUAAUAAGGAACUUGCUCAAUAUCAAAUGCCUGUGUUGAUGAAGCGCUUUAUUUUUGAAUUUGGUGAACGUUUAAAAACUUAUGGAUUAUUCUCCAACUUUGUGCACCAUUGUGCUGUUUUACGCGAUUUUAAUUUUAUUUCUGAUGAGGAAAUGCGCAAUGCUUUAAUUUAUGUUUUAUUAUUUCAA